AUGAGCAGGGCAAGAGACGGGACACGAUGCGCAUGCGCAAUGUCUGAAAAUAAGGAAGUUGAUUUUCCAUGUAAACAAUGUCGGGCUGACACUGAAGGAGCAUUCUGCGUUGCAGAAAAGCAUUAAAUGUUUUUAUUAUCUGAUACCUCAAGCGAAGCUCCCACUCUGUAAUGAAGGCAGCUAGAAGCAACAUGGUGGGUGCUGGAAACAACAAAGUGAAGUAUUCCCGGCUGGCUGCUGAUGAGGACGGUUACAUAGACCUACAAUUCAAGAGAAGCCCUCCAAAGAUCCCCUACAAGGCCAUCGCCCUAGCAGUGUUCCUGUUUGUGAUCGGCUCCCUGCUGAUCGUCUUCGGGGCCCUUCUUCUGUCGGGAACCAUAAAGGUUGAGCAUCCAGAUCGCACCAUCCCCGUCAUCAUCAUAGGGCUCCUCGUUUUCCUUCCUGGCUUUUACCAUUUGAGAAUCGCCUACUUUGCAGCCAAAGGUUACCGAGGUUACUCCUACGACGACAUCCCAGAUUUUGGAGACUAAUCACAGCGACUACAUGUUCAUCCUGAGACUUGUCUGCUGCUGUUUACACAGACACUGUUGAAUGUAUGUAGCUUAGAGUGAUGUGCACUGUGGAGACCUGCGCCUCUCCUCAGGUCUGCCUUUAGUUCCACACAGGCUUUAACAGAUUUUUAUAAUCCUGCCUGGUUUAUCCUCUGCCCUCUGCUGUAUUACCUUCAACACCAAAGCUUGAUGGACCUUGGAGUCUUUUUCUAUUCUACUUUAUUGACAGAUUUCCAAUGAAUGGAGCAUGACACAUGAGCUGAGCAGCACUUCUCUGUUACUCGCUGUCCGUUCAUCCACUGACGACAGACCUUGGAUGAGUAGCAUCACACACAUGCAAAAUGGAGCUUGAGCUCAUUAGGUAGAAAGUUCAUGAGCCUGUUACUGUUACUUAAUGUCCUGCACACAACUGGUUACUGGAGUCUGAUCUUCAGUAAAUAGUCAUUUCUAAUCGGUCAUAUGUAUUUCUGUAGUAGGACUGUAUCUGCCUUCUGUUGAGGGUCACUUACUUUGCACAAUUAAAUAAAACACUUUUGCUUUUA